ACCUCACAUAUCAGAGGGUUAUGAGAUCUUUAAAUGAAUAAUAUUUUUUGUCAUAUACUACUGACGCCUCCUCAUUCUUGGUUCUGAAAUACGAUAUCAUCUCCAAUCAGAUUAAUUACUGUUGCAUUUUUUUUUUUUUUACAAAUGUGACAAUCACAUUUUAAUAACAUACUGGAAUUAAUAUUGGUCCGCAUAGUAGGCAAGUGGUUAGCAUGUUGGCCACACAAUCAGUAGAACAUAUGUUUGGUUUGCAUUUUCUCCCUGUAUGUAUAUGGGUUAAGUUGACCAUUUGUGAAAUUAUAAUCUGCACAAGCUGGGUUUUAUUUUGCUGCAUAGCACCAUAACAAUAUGAUCCAAUAUCUAGUUUAUAUGCCGAAAUCGCCUGGUCGAUAUUAUUGGACAUUCCGAAACAUACUAUAAGUACUUAAGAAGUUUCUGGUUAACAUGAUAACGAACUAGACAAAUUAUGCUAUCUACUACAAGAAAAGGUUUCCUACAUCCUGUAUGAACUUAGGUGACAUUCAAUUCUUCAUCGAUCAGUUCUAAUACGACGUUGGACCAUCAUUUGUGGCUAUAAGGCAUCGACUCUUCUGGGAAGGCUUUCAACAAAUGGGUGUGGGAAUUUUCAGACACAUGAUGUUGGUCUAGAAGGCCUGGAUCGCAGUCUCCGCAUGCAGGCUUUCCAUGUUCUUCCACGCCAAACUUGCGGAGAUGCCAUUCUCAAACUGUUCCUACAAAGCUGGGUGUGUGAUAUUGUCCAUAAUCUUUUGAUAUGCUGAAACAUUUUGGGUCACUUUUGUGGAACGAAGGUGCCAUUACGUCAGCGAUUGUAGCAGAAAAGGCUAUGGUGGUACACGAGACAAAAAGUUGUGGAACACUGCUUUAUACCUCCACACUUGGUGCUCAACCAUGGAAAACCACUCCAUUAAGAUCCUUGCACACUAUUCUUAAAGUAAUAUGAAGUUGUAACAAUGGUCCUCCUGCAUGGUCCAGGCCUGGACAUCCCUGUGCUCGAUCCUGGAAUCACACAUUUCCUCUUUCUGAGGAGCAAGCCAGUAGGCUCGAAGCCCAGGCUUUUAACCAUCUGACCAGUGCAGCUUUUAAGGCAUCAGGGAGAGAUGUUUACUUCAUGUAAGCAUGGCUAAGCUAGCUGGUAUUUGUUAUAAAAAGGCCACCUCCGGUUUGGAGGUCUGAAGCGAUUUACUGUGCAGAAAGUUGGCGAUCUCUGUAUUUGAUGUGCCUCAGCAUCUGCUGACUCUGUCAUCAUGUGGCCUACUACUUGGCAGUGGCGUGGAAUGUUUAGAAGCAAAUACAAGAUGUUUGUUGUUUGAGGGAGGUUGUUUAUCCAACCAUUGGGUUCUCAGCAAUAACAAUGGCAAAUAUUAACAGAACUCUCUUCUUAUCUGGACUUUCUUUCUUUACUGGGAGUAGAGCUUCUUGGUAGGACAUUGGAGAACACAUGGAGAACAUCAUAUGCAAGUGAGACUUUCACAAUCAGGUCUCAUUGACCUCUUCACAUAUGCAACUGAAGUUCACUGAACAACUUAUUGUACAAUAGUGGCUAAGUUGCUAUCGCUACCAAUGGCUUCCACUCUGGUAUAACAUAUGGAAUAUUUAGUUGUGUUACAUUUCAGAACUGGACUUGUUGCAGAGGUGGACUCCGGUCACUGUGCCAUGCUGGAGUUGACCUAGCAACCUGUGGGUGCUUGAUAAGAGAGGACAAGCUAGAUUUGAUUUAUCUUUUGGGGGAAUUCAACAGUUGCUGUAGAAAAUUUACAUACAGAUUUUAUAAUCCUGCGGCCAUGGAAGUUAUUGGAACUCCUGGAUUCAGUUAUUAUCAUAGGCGAGUGAAUACUUUGGGAAUGUAGUUUUAUAUUUAGAUUAAAGGCUAUCAUUGCAUAUGUGAAAUAUUGUGAAAAAAAAUACUUAUAGUUGGUGUCUCCCAGGUCCUAAAUGUCAAUUAUAGCAAGCAAAUUUAUUAGGUUCAUCCAUCCAUCCAUCCAUCUUCUAUGCUACAAAGCACAUCAGCACAACAAGUGGCUUUUCUCCACCCACAUCAACCCCCCCCCCCCCCCCCCAAAAAAAAAAAAACCCAAAACAAAACAGUUGGACAACACAAACUAAACAUUAGACAUAACUUUUGGGUCGUUGCAAUACUUUAAAUAUAUUUAAAUGGUAUAAUGGUUUAAUUUGAACAUGCAUCAGAUCACAAUUGAAUGCAUCACAUAAUCAGUUCACAGUUCCACAUGUCCAAAAGGAGUAGGAAGAAGCAAAGCUUAUUAAAUCCUACCCCUCCAUCUGGUACUUUUACAAUCAGUAACUGUUACAUUUGUUCACUUCCUGCUUUCCAUAAUACAGUUUAAGUUUUUUAAGUUUUUUUUUUUUAAUAAUGUACCAUACAAUGACAUAAUGGGUACCAUAGUAACUGUCAAUGUAAAUGUCACAUUAAUGGGUAUUUAAUAAGUGAAUGUAACUUUUUAACAUGUAUUUAAUCAUUUCCCAUAUAGAAUUAUUGAAAACAUUUAAAUCACAAUAUGAUAAAAACAAACAAAAUGACGACUAAAUAUAAUCUGCACAUUUUAUAAUUAAAGGAAAGCUUUCACACAAUUAUCAAACCAAAAUUUUAAUAAUGCACUUAUUCCAAAACGACAGUUCAGGUCGCUGCAGUCCACCAAAACAUCCUGACUAUGAAGUCAUAUUUAUAAGUCUUUUCUAUUGGCUGCUGGUCGAGGAGGCGUGGCGUGCAUAAGCCAGUCCAAAAGAAGCCUCGUCCUGCAGCAGAGGGAGUCUUUUUCUGCGUCUUAAAAAGGCGGAUUUGUGAUUUCACGUCAUAUUUCGUUGUUGCAGAAACGAAUUAUUAUCAAAAUGAAUUGUGUGGCUCUUGCGUGUUCGUGGGAAGGAUAUGUUUGCGUGUUGCUUUUUCUUUGCUCCACGAUGAACACCGUGUGGGGCGUCACUCAUUAUUCUGUGCCGGAAGAAAUGGAGGAAGGGUCCGUUGUUGCUAAUUUGGCGUCGGAUUUGGGCUUAGACGUGAGGACGCUGAGCAGAAGAAAAAUGCGCAUCGAUGUCGUGGCAAAUAAGAAAUACCUGGAUAUCAACAAAGACACCGGAGAGCUUUUUAUUUCGGAGAGAAUAGACAGAGAGAUGCUGUGUCCCCUGAAAACGACCACUUCCUGUUUUCUCAAAUUAGACGCAACCAUUGAAAAUCCAAUCCGGAUGUUCAACAUUGAAGUAGAGAUCACGGAUAUUAACGACAACGCUCCUCAUUUCCGUCGAGGGACCAUGCACCUGGACAUCUCCGAAGCCAGCCCGGCGGGAGAAAGAUUCUCUCUGAAUAACGCCGUGGAUCCAGAUGUUGGUUCGAAUUCCGUACAGAACUACCAUUUGAGCACCAGCCAGCAUUUUAACAUUGAAAUCCAGACCGGAAGAGACGGUUCCAAGUUUGCGGAUUUGAUUCUAACCAAGAUGCUGGACAGAGAACAGCAGGCUGUUCAUCAUCUCAUUCUCACUGCUGUGGACGGUGGACUUCCCACGCGCACUGGGACCGCUAGUAUUAUUGUUCGAGUCCUGGAUGUCAAUGACAACGCCCCUUCUUUUGAAAAAGACACAUAUUCCGUGGACGUGAUGGAGAACUCUCCUAUUGGCAGUUUAGUGAUUCAAAUGAAUGCCACAGAUUCGGAUGAAGGCUCCAAUUCUGAUGUGCAUUAUUCUUAUAGUUUGUACACAUCAGAAAAAACACAAAAUAUGUUUAGUUUGAAUCAGGAAAACGGUGAAAUCAGAAUAAAGGAGAUGAUUAAUUAUGAAGAUUUAAAAUUAUAUGAAAUGGAAAUCAUAGCAAGCGAUAAGGGUCUUAACUCCUUAUCGAGUCAGUGUAGACUAACCAUACAGGUGGCGGACAUGAAUGACAACCACCCUGAAAUUUCGAUUAAGUCGUUUCUAAGUCCACUGAAUGAAAACACGCCUGUAGACACGGUGAUAGCCGUGGUCAGCGUGAGCGAUAAGGACUCAGGUGACAACGGCGUGGUGGAUCUUCACAUUCCUCCUAAUAUGCCUUUUCAACUGAAAGAGUCAUCUGAUAACUAUUAUGAGUUGGUGGUCUCGGAGCCGUUAGACCGUGAGAAGGUUCCAGAAUAUGACAUCACCUUCACCGUGACAGACAGAGGCUCCCCUCCUUUAAGCGACAACGAAACAAUGACUUUACAGCUGCUGGAUGUGAAUGACAACGUUCCACACUUCCCUCAGUCCUUUUAUACCAUACGUGUGAUGGAGAAUAAUGCUCCUGGCGCCUUGCUCAGUUCGCUCAGCGCGUUUGACCCCGACCUCCACGAGAACCAGUACCUGGUUUACUUCAUCCUGGAGAAGGAGAUAGCCAACACCUCCAUGUCCAUGCUGUUCUCCAUUAACCCGGAGAACGGGAACCUGUACGCGCUGAAGACUUUUGACUAUGAGAUGGAGAAGGACUUUCUUUUCCACAUCGAGGCCAGAGACUCCGGUUCUCCUCCGCUCAGCAGCAACGUGAGCGUCCACAUCAUUAUUGUGGACCAGAACGACAACGCUCCGGUUAUCGUAUCACCCUGGCGAGCACAUGGCUCAGUCGUGGAGGAGAAGAUCCCCAGAUCCACGGAUAAAGGUUCUCUGGUGGCCAAGGUGAUAGCCUUGGAUGUGGACUCGGUGCACAACUCUCGCAUCACCUACCAGUUCCUGCAGGUGGCCGACGCCACCUUGUUCAGUCUGGACCAGUACAACGGAGAGAUCCGCACCAUGAGGAUGUUCAGUUACAAAGAUCCACGCCAUCAGAGACUGGUUGUUGUUGCCAAGGACAACGGGGAGCCCGCUCUAUCUGCUACGGUCACCAUCAAGCUGUCUACAGUGGAGACUGCUGUGAAGGCCUACUCAGACAUGACUGAGGUGCCUCUGGAAUACGACAUCUUCUCAGACCUCAACCUGUAUUUGGUCAUCGGUCUGGGUUCCGUAUCCUUCCUGCUGCUCAUCACCAUCUUGGUCACCAUCGUUUUGAAGUGUCAGAAGGCCAAGCCCAGCAUGGCGGCCCCCCCGUCCAGGAACAGUGUCAUCAGCGAGAGGAACUCCACCAUGGCAGAUUCCACUCUGGUGUCCAACGAUGCCUACUGGUACAGUCUGUUUCUAGCAGAGACCAGGAAAGGAAAGCUGGUGGUCAGACAGCCUCUGCCAAAGGGCUCCAGAUACAUCGUGUCCAGUAUUCCCAGGAGCACAGGCAUGUCUGAGACCAGCGGUUCUGCUACUUCUACCUUACAGUAUCCUAAAUGAGGGAAGUCCACUCGGCAGCAUGGAGGCCUCCACAACCAGCAGCACCAGAUCUACAUAAGGCCGGAACUCCUUGCUGCAUAUCGGACCAAUCCUGACUGGAGAGAUGACCUUGCAUUGACAUCGCUCUCGUGCCCUUCAUGCUCAGCCUGGUUCUUCACACUCCAGACCCGGCU